GUGCUGAUGUUGAUGCAGUGUGGAAGAGAAGAGCGCAGAGCAACGUGCAGUACGAUGCGGGGGUUUCUCAACUCCGCGGCACUCGUCUCUUCUGAAGGAAAGGCUUUACCUAUCCCUUUGUAAAUUAUAUUUUUGUAGGAUUUUUAUAAUUGUUUCAUCCAAGACUGUCUCCGGACCAAUAAUUUGCAUUCUGAUCGAAAUCUGUCUCAACUAAAUGCCCGUGGCGUAGCGAAAUAGGGCCACUUUGAGUGAAGGACGCGUUGGUUUACUUACAAUCAUUCAACAGAUAAAAACCAUCCGCGGAUCAAAGUUGAUCUGGAUAUCUGCUUGCCUGGAUAGAACGCAACCAUGGCGGAUGCUGCAGCCGAAUACGGCGUGAAAGUAAUGUGCCGAUUCAGGCCACUAAAUGAAUCCGAAAUAACAAGAGGAGACAAAUACAUCCCCAAAUUCAAAGAAGACGACACCGUGGUUAUAACUGGUAAACCGUAUGUCUUUGACCGCGUCCUGCCUCCCAAUACAGCCCAGGAGCAGGUCUACGAUGCCUGUGCCAAACAGAUUGUUAAAGACGUCCUUGGAGGAUACAAUGGAACCAUCUUUGCCUAUGGACAGACCUCCUCGGGGAAGACCCACACCAUGGAGGGCAAGCUCCACGACCCCCAGCUGAUGGGCAUCAUCCCACGCAUCGCUCACGACAUCUUCGAUCACAUCUACUCCAUGGACGAGAACCUCGAGUUCCACAUCAAGGUCUCGUAUUUUGAGAUCUACCUGGACAAGAUCCGAGACUUACUAGAUGUGUCGAAGACCAACCUGGCUGUGCAUGAGGACAAGAACAGAGUUCCCUAUGUCAAGGGUUGUACAGAACGCUUUGUGUCCAGUCCAGAGGAAGUCAUGGAUGUCAUCGAUGAGGGAAAGGCCAACCGGCACGUGGCUGUGACAAACAUGAAUGAGCACAGUUCCAGAAGCCACAGCAUCUUCCUGAUCAACAUCAAACAAGAGAAUGUGGAAACAGAGAAGAAACUGUCAGGGAAGUUAUACCUGGUGGAUCUGGCUGGGAGUGAGAAGGUCAGUAAGACAGGUGCUGAAGGAGCCGUGUUGGACGAAGCUAAAAAUAUCAAUAAGUCUCUCUCUGCUCUGGGGAAUGUCAUCUCUGCUCUGGCUGAGGGGACAAAAACCCACGUCCCGUACAGGGACAGCAAGAUGACCCGUAUCCUGCAGGACUCUCUAGGGGGGAACUGUAGGACCACCAUCAUCAUCUGUGCAUCUCCCUCCAUCUACAACGAGUGUGAGACCAAGUCUACCCUCAUGUUCGGACAGAGAGCCAAGACCAUCAAGAACACCGUGUCUGUGAACCUGGAGCUGACUGCUGAGGAGUGGAAGAACAAGUACAACAAGGAGAAAGACAAGAACAAGAGUCUGAAGAACGUUAUCCACAGGCUGGAGAUGGAACUCAACCGCUGGAGGAACGGUGAGAACGUCCCCGAGGAGGAGCAGCUGAGUGCUAAGGAGCAGAAGCACCUGGAGCCGUGUGACAACACUCCCAUCAUAGAUAACAUGGCUCCAGCUAACGGACUGGUUCUGGUCUCCACCGAGGAGAAGAGCAAGUACGAGGAGGACAUCAGCAAUCUGUACAAACAACUGGACGACAAGGAUGAUGAGAUCAACCAGCAGAGCCAGCUGGCUGAGAAACUCAAGGAACAGAUGUUAGACCAGGAUGAGCUGCUGGCGUCGACGAGAAGAGACUAUGAGAAGAUCCAUGAGGAUCUGUCUCGUCUGCAGACGGAGAACGAGGCUGCCAAGGAGGAG